AUGAAGAGACCCCAAAACCUGGUCAAAUCCAACCUACACUCCAGCCACCGCAAGAGGAAAGCCAAGUGGCUAAGCCUGGCCAGCCAAGAGGAGCAGAAGGAGCAUCUCAGCUUCCAGGUAAAAAGAGAGAAGGAGGAUAUGGCAGCAACGCUAAAAGGGCGGAGGGCACGGUGCGGUGGAGUUUUUCGAGACCUUGUUGUGAAUACUCGGCAGUACUUGGAACAUGUUAGAGGGUCCAAGGCAGGCUCACAAGGUAAAGUGAUCAAACUAUUUGCAAACCAUUUCCGAGUGACGUCUUGUCCCCAGUGGAUCGCGUAUAAGUACAACAUUGACUACAUGCCAGCCAUAGAAAAUGGAGAUAAAACAGAAUUGGCCAGCCAUUUCAAAGACCAGCUUGUGAAAGUUACCAUCGAGUUCUCCAGCGAACUCACGCCCACCUCACCAGAUCGCCUACGCUAUUACAACAUCCUCUUUAGAAAAAUUUUGAAGAUCAUGAAGUUGAGACAAGUUGGCCGCAGCUAUUACAACAAGGAGAAGGCUGAAGAGAUCCGUCAACAUAAACUGGAAAUCUGGCCUGGUUAUGUUACCUCCAUUCUUCAGUAUGAAAAUAGUAUGACCCUCUGUGCUGACGUGAACCAUAAACUGCUCCGAAUGGAAACGGCUUAUGAUUUAAUUAUGCGUAUUAGAGAAGAUGCCAAAAAAAAAGGCAUCGAUGUCAAAGAGCAAGUUUCUAAAGAAUUAGUUGGAUCCAUUGUUUUUACAAAGUUCAACAACAAAACCUAUAGGGUGGAUGCUAUUAAUUGGAAGGAAACUCCCAAAACUAUAUUUAAAAAAUCAGAUGGCACUAAAAUCACUUUUAUGGAAUACUAUAAGAAGCAGUAUAAUGUCCUGGUCACGGACUUAAAUCAGCCACUUUUGAUCAGCAAGGGCAAAUGGAAAAAGAGCCAACAGGACACACAACACGAACCAAUAAUGCUGGUUCCUGAGCUCUGCCACCUGACAGGUCUAACAAAUACAAUGCGUAAAGACUAUGGGGUGAUGAGAGACUUGGCUGCUAGUACAAGGUUGAAUCCAGAAGUAAGGCAGCAGAAAUUGCAAAAUUUCAUGAAUGCUAUGCAAACAGAUGAGAAUGUGAAAAAGGAGCUUCAACUCUGGGAUUUCAAGUUUGAUGCCAAAUUUUUGUCCUUCACAGGAAGAAUUUUGAAAGAAGUGAGAAUUUUCCAGGGGAAAAGAAUGUUUGACUCCCAUCCACAAUCUGCCGAAUGGGCAAGAGAAACAAGAAGUGGACCCUUACUCAGUGUGAAGUCACUAGAUAAUUGGCUGAUCCUCUAUACAAAGAAAAACUAUGGGGCAGCCUGCUCCUUAAUGCAGAGUCUACGGAGAGUCACACCCACCAUGGGCAUAGCUAUAAGAGAUGCAAAAAUGCUUGAAGUAAGUGAUACAGUCAACUCCUAUGUAACUGUCUUAAAAAAACAUGAUUCAUCAAAUACACAGAUGGUAGUUUGUGUGCUGUCCAGUGACAGGAAAGAAAUGUACGAUGGCAUUAAAAAAUACCUGUGUGUCAAUUGCCCGAUUCCAAGCCAGUGUGUGGUGGCGCGGACCUUGGACAAACCUCAGACGCUGAUGACCAUUGCUACAAAGAUUGCCCAGCAGAUGAACUGCAAGAUGGGAGGAGCCCUUUGGAAGGUGAAAACAGGAUUGCAGAAUGCAAUGUUCAUUGGCAUUGAUUGUUUCCACGAUGUUGUAAAUCGACGGAAGUCAAUUGCAGGAUUUGUGGCAAGUGUCAAUGAAGACUUAACGGAGUGGUUCUCUCAAUGUAUCAUCCAGGAAUCGGGGCAGGAGCUUGUGAAUGGGCUGAGGGCCUGCUUGCAAGAGGCCCUGAAGCUCUGGUAUGAACGUAAUUCACUUCUGCCAUAUUCUAUUAUUGUGUAUCGGGAUGGAGUGGGAGAUGGUCAGCUUCAAGCAUUGAUUGACUAUGAAAUACCACAGAUUGUGUCCUCCUUAAAGAGUAUUUUCAAUUCACAAAAUUUUAAACUAACUUUCAUUGUGGUGAAGAAACGAAUAAACACCAGAUUUUUUGUCGAGUCUCAAGGAAGACUUCAAAAUCCAUUACCAGGAACAGUUGUUGAUGUAGAAUUGACCAGGAGAGAAUGGUAUGAUUUUUUUAUUGUGAGUCAGUCUGUGAAAGAUGGUACUGUCACUCCCACUCAUUAUAAUGUCAUCCAUGACACAGUUCGCUUGAGCCCAGAUACAGUACAGUGUCUAACUUACAGACUAUGCCACAUGUAUUAUAAUUUGCCAGGUGUCAUCCGAGUUCCUGCUCCUUGUCACUAUGCCCAUAAACUGGCUUACCUUGUGGGCCAGAGUAUUCAUGAAGAACCACACCAUUCCUUGUCAAACCGGCUCUUUUACCUUUGA